AUGCUCCAGAUAACGAUCUCUAAUCUUCCAAUCAGGCUUUCAAGACAACUUGGUAGCGAAGAAACUCAACGUGGUAUCACUCAGUGUCAUUAUCUGUCAACAAACAGUUCAACGAACAGUUCAAGGCGUGGAGAAAGCGCGCGAGAAACGAGGAUAAGGGUGUCGGGCGUCGUCCCGACGAUAGGUGCGCUACACCAAGCCCAUCUGGAUCUGGAUGGCCCACCUGGUGGCUCGGUGGCGAACGAUCUUGUGCCACCUAUAAGUUGUCAAAGAUCUGGACAUCUACCACGAAGACUAGACAGUAAGAUGGAAGAACUACAGGAAGCGUUGGAAUGGUUAUCUCCAAAUUCUGAUCCGUCAAUCGCUCGAAAACCAUCCAAGAGCAGCAGAGGGAAAGAAGAAGCAGGCUUGGUUUCUUCAGCAGCGUCGCCAUCGUCAUCACCUAAUUAUCCAACGCGUCGAGAUUCUUUCUUGGUCUCUAGCCAACACACGCCUAUUUCGGCCGGAAACAUCCUGCUACCUCUAUUGCUCCGGUAUCUGACACUCGACUCACUCCUCUCCCAUCCUACUCCACUGGACCUAUACAUCCGGGCAACUUACCGCGAUCCUCGGACUGGGUUCGCGCUAUUCCAUUCGGAAUGCCUACCUGACGGAAAUGGACAGGCGAAUUCGGGUGCCGGUACCUUAAAAGAACCUACAAGAAAGAAAGGAAGUGUGGAGAUGAGCAUUAGAUAUGUGAUGCAUGGAAAGACGGCUGAACUGGGUCGAUGGGUUCGAAACAGGCGAAAGCUUCACGGUCAACCGAUCAAGUUCCAGGACGGAAACGAUUUAAUGAUAUCGGGAAGUCAGGUAAUGGUUCUGAAAGGUGCUGCUGGGGCACUAUUACUUUGCAAUAGUUCACUAGCCAUAAUAUUAUCGGGUCGGGAUAUGAUGCGUUCGGUUUGA